AUGCACGCAAAUAUGGAUUCAGAAAACAUUUCAACUCUAACGCCAACAGUGCGAUCGGCCAUCAGUGUGCCCCGUCCUGGGGUUGUCCCAACAGCGGCACCCCGUACAAUCACCGCAACAGCACCGUCAACUGAAGCUCGUAAUGGCACACGAGCACCUGUAACCACACCGUCACCACCAGCGGAGCCGCAUCGCAUACGAUGCCCAAUUUGUCGCCGCGCCCACCGACUGCAACACUUCGCUAAAAACACUAAAUUAGAAGAAAAACUUGAUAUCAUUAUAGCCAACCAAAACAUCAUAAAGAGACAACAAGCAGAAACGUUGGCGAUGUUUAAGCAGCUAUUUGAAAAAGAUGUAGGCUCCUAUGGAACGAGAAGUGUGUUCCCGUUGUCCAACUUGGAAGCAUUAAAAAAACUGAAUGCAGAUAUAGUGGCAGGUUCCAGUGCAGACUAUAUAAAAAUCAUUAAAAAUAUAAUAGCCAAAACGGGGAUUAUUAAAUCUAUUGAGGGUAUUUUCGAAAGGAGUCUUAUUGUUCAGUUGAACUACGAUGGCAUUCAUUCCAAAUACUCCUUAAAGGAAUGCAAGGUGUUAAUCGACUGCUUGUUUGAGGCAUUAAUGAAAGAAGGAUAUUCCCAUGGCGAGUUUGUUAAAGACUUGCGACAAGCUUUAAAACUGGUGAAAAAUCGUCAUUUCAAAACAAACUCCAUAUUAAAAUCUAAAAAAUAA